AUGAAGCUCCUUUUUCCCAUCUUUGCAAGCCUUGUGCUACAGUCCCAGGUGAACACAGAAUUCCUUGGCUUGAAAAAAUGUUUAAAGGGUUUUGGGAAAUGCAAGAACCAUUGCACCUUGGGUGAAAAAGAGAUAGAGAAAUGCAAGACGAAAAAAUGUUGUAUUGGACCAAAAAUGGUUCGAAUAAUAAAAAACUUCAUCCAACUUGAAAUGCUUCAUUCAUUUGAAGAAGACUCCCAAGGAUUUUUUAAAAAUUACAAUAAUUCUAAUGCUGUGAUACCAAAAAAAUAUAUUUUAUCCAUUCUCCCCAAAAUCAUAAGCAUCAGCCCUUCUACCAAUACCAACACCAUCAUCAUCACAAAUACCACCACUUUGAACUCCAACACCACCAGUACUGCCACUUCUACCAAGACUGACACCACAGGAAGCAUAGAUUCUGCCAUUACCUCCACACUACCAGCACCACCACCACCACCAUAGAAACUGUCAACACCACAACUGGAGUUGAAAGAAGCUGCUGAGCAGAACUUUUCCCUAAAAAACCAAGUUCUUCUCUGUCUUCUUGGUCUAU